AGAUACUCACGCCCUCCCAGGCAGACCGCUCCGCGCGGGCGCUCCCCUUUGACCGCUACGUGGCUCUCCGGUGACUCGCCCGCCCCGCCCCGGGUACCUCCUCAAAUCCCCAUCGGCCCAUCCCCACCCCGCUCCACCCCGCACCUCCUCACAAACGCGUAUUGCCUCCUACGCCCCCGGAUCCGCUGCUCCACCCCCCAACUCCGUUGCCACACGCCCUUGCACAAGCGAGCGAGCAACCAUGUCGCCGGCGGAGCAGACGCGAGACGAGAGCGUCUACAUGGCCAAGCUUGCGGAGCAGGCCGAGCGCUACGAGGAGAUGGUGGAGUUCAUGGAGCGCGUCGCGAAGGCCACCGGCGGGGCAGGGCCCGGGGAGGAGCUAUCCGUCGAGGAGCGCAACCUGCUCUCUGUGGCUUACAAGAAUGUCAUCGGGGCCCGGCGCGCGUCCUGGAGGAUCAUCUCCUCCAUCGAGCAGAAGGAGGAAGGUCGGGGCAACGACGCGCACGCCGCUACCAUCCGCUCCUACCGCAGCAAGAUCGAGGCCGAGCUCGCAAAGAUCUGUGACGGCAUCCUCGCCCUGCUUGAUUCCCACCUCGUGCCAUCCGCCGGAGCUGCCGAGUCCAAAGUCUUCUAUCUCAAGAUGAAGGGCGACUACCACAGGUACCUUGCAGAGUUUAAGUCUGGUGGGGAGAGGAAGGAAGCCGCCGAGAGCACCAUGAACGCGUACAAAGCUGCUCAGGAUAUCGCCCUAGUAGAUUUGGCUCCAACACACCCCAUCAGGCUUGGGCUUGCACUCAACUUUUCUGUGUUCUACUAUGAGAUCUUGAACUCCCCUGACCGUGCCUGCAACCUUGCAAAACAAGCCUUUGACGAGGCUAUAUCAGAGCUGGACAGUUUAGGCGAGGAAUCCUACAAGGACAGCACUUUAAUCAUGCAGCUCCUGCGUGACAAUUUGACUCUAUGGACAUCCGACACCAAUGAGGAUGACGUUGAUGAGAUUAAGGAAGCCCCAGCUCCAAAAGAAUCUGGAGACGGACAGUGAGGUGAAUGAAAAUAACAGUCUGUGCAUUGUUGGGGGCAAUGGAAGUCGGUCUUGGUUCUAGUGCUCAUACUGUUGUCAUCACUACCUCUGUUUAAUUAUGCACUUGAGAAGUUUCUGGGCUAUGUUUUUCUGGUGCUCAUAAAUGCUGGCUGGAUUCGUGUUUUCUUGUUCAAAUCUGGCCACAAGCAAAAGACCUGCUCUUUUUCACCAUUAGAAUGUUUGCUAUAUCUACCA